UUUAUGAAGACUGGAAACAUCUGGACAGUGUUGAGUGUUGAGUUUCUUCCUUUAGAUUUUAGAUUGAUGGAGCACCAUGAUGGUCAUGACGACCCGUCCACAGAUAUAUUUCCACACAGUUCAGUCCAGAUGCAAAGACCAAAGUCAUCUGAAUCCAGCUGUGUGUCCAUGAAGAGUGACCGGUCAAUGGAUCCUCCACUUAAGUUUAGUGUACACACUGAUCCUGGGUUUAAAUCAGACCGGCCAGAACCCAGCUGUGUGUCCAUGAAGAGUGAUUGGUCAAUGGAUCAUCCACUUAAGUUUAGUAGACACAGUGAUCCUGGGAUUAGACCAGAUCCUCCAGAAUCCAGCUGUUUGUCCAUGAAGAGUGACCGGUCAAUGGAUCCUCCACUUAAGUUUAGUAGACACACUGAUCCUGGGUUUAGACUGGACCCUCCAGAACCCAGCUGUGUGUCCAUGAAGAGUGACCUGUCAAUGGAUCCUCCACCUAAGCUUGGUGGACACACUGAUCAUGGAUUUAGACUGGACCCUCUAGAACCCAGCUGUGUGUCCAUGAAGAGUGACCAGUCAAUAAAUCCUCAACGUACCUUAAGUGGACAUACUGAACUUGGGUUCAGCAGUGACCAUCCACAUCCUGAAGCCCUCAAGACCUUUAGAUCAAAUUUGAGGAAGAAAUUUCAGUGUCUUUAUGAGGGAACAGCAAAGCAGGGAAACCCAACACUCCUGAAUGAGAUCUACACUGAUCUCUACAUCACAGAGAGUGAUUGUGGAGAUAUCAAUAAUGAGCAUGAGGUGAGACAGAUUGAAACUCAAUCCAGGAGAGCAGCAACAGAGGACAAACCGAUCAAAUGCACAGACAUCUUUAGACCUUUACCUGGACAAGACAAACCCAUCAGAACUGUGCUGACAAAAGGAGUCGCUGGCAUUGGAAAAACAGUCUCUGUGCAGAAGUUCAUCCUGGACUGGGCCGAAGGAACAGAGAAUCAGGAGAUCCAGCUUAUAUUUCCACUUCCUUUCAGAGAGCUCAACCUAUUGAAGGACAAAAACCUCAGUCUUUCAGAUCUUCUGCAGGUUUUUUUCAUUGAAACCAAAGAAAUUAAACCAUUCACUGGUGAAUAUAAAGUGGUCUUUGUUUUUGAUGGUCUGGAUGAGUGUCGUCUGACUUUGGAUUUUAAUGUGAAACUGUGUAAUAUAUCUGAAUCCGCCCCAGUGGACGUGCUGCUGACAAACCUCAUUGCGGGGAAUCUGCUUCCCUCUGCUCUCAUCUGGAUCACCUCCAGACCAGCAGCAGCCGAUCUCGUCCCUUCUGAGUGUUUGCAUCGAGUGACUGAGGUACGAGGAUUCAAUGAUCCACAGAAGGAGGAAUACUUCAGGAAGAGAAUCAGUGAUCAGAGUCAGGCCGAUAAAAUCAUCAGACACCUGAAGUCAUCAAGGAGCCUCUUCAUCAUGUGCCACAUCCCAGUGUUUUGCUGGAUCUCAUCCACUGUUUUAGAGAAGAUGUUGAGUGGCGCAGAGAGCGGAGAGAUUCCCAAGACUCUCACUCAAAUGUACACACACUUCUUGAUCAUUCAGACCAAAAUCAAACAAGAGAAGGACUAUGAGAAGAAAGUGAAGGAUGAAGACAUGAUCCUCAAACUAGGGAAACUGGCCUUUCAGCAGCUUGUGAAAGGCAACCUGAUCUUCUAUGAGGAAGACCUGAGCGAGUGUGGCAUUGAUGAGACCGAAGCAUCAAUUUACUCGGGAUUGUGCACUCAGAUCUUCAGAGAGGAGUUGGGCUUUUAUCAGGGGAAAGUCUUCUGCUUUGUUCAUCUGAGCAUUCAGGAGCAUCUAGGAGCUCUUUAUGUGCUGCUUUCAUUCCUGCUGUACAAGAGGGAUGUGCUCAAUGAAAACCUCAGCUCAAAACAUGCACAUGAGUUUACAUGUCAUACGAUAUCUGACCUGCACCAGAGAGCCGUGGACAAGGCUCUGCAGAGUACAAAUGGACAUCUGGAUCUUUUCCUGCGGUUUCUUCUGGGUCUCUCGCUGGAGUCCAAUCAGAAGCUUCUGAAAGGCCUUCUGACACACGUUAGAAAACUCCAGUACAGUAAAGAGAAAACGAUUGAAUACAUUAAGACGAGAAUAAGAAUGAAUCCCUCACCGGAAAAAUCUAUCAAUCUGUUCCACUCUUUAAAUGAACUGGGCGAUAUUUCUCUUGUAAAUGAAAUCCAGGAGUGUCUCGGAUCUGGAGGUCUUUCAAGCACCAGAUUGUCCUCGUCACAGUGGUCAGCUGUUGUCUUUGUUUUAUUAACCUCAGAGUGUUUGAAUGAGUUUCAUUUGAGUAAAUACAGAAGCAGAAAAAAAGGCCAAAACCACAUGUCAGCAGAUGAAUUACUUCAGAAGCUCUUGCCUGUAGUUGAAGCCUCCAGAUCAGCUCAGUUGAGUGAUUGUGGUGUCACAGCUGAAGGUUGUGCUGCUCUGGCUUCAGCUCUGAGAUCAGACUCAGACCUCAGAGAACUGGAUCUGUCUGGUAAUAAAAUAGGAGAUAAAGGUGUGAAGCUGCUCUCUGAUGGACUGAAGGAUCCUCACUGUAAACUGGAGAAACUGACGUUGAGAUGUUCAGGUGUCACAGAUGAAGGUUGUGCUGCUCUGGCUUCAGCUCUGAGAUCAAACUCACACCUCAGGGAACUGGAUCUGACUGGGAAUAAACAACAAGACUCAGGAGUUAUUCUGCUCUCUAAUGGACUGAAGGAUCAUCACUGUAAACUGAAGAAACUGUGGUUGUGGGAUUGUGAGAUCACAGAUGAAGGUUGUGCUGCUCUGGCUUCAGCUCUGAGAUCAAACUCACACCUCAGAGAACUGGAUCUAUCGUGGAAUAAAAUAGAAAAUGGAGGUCUGACGCUGCUCUCUGUUGGACUGAAGGAUCCUCUCUGUAAACUGGAGAAACUAACGUUGAUUAAUUGUGAGAUCAAAGCUGAAGGUUGCGCUGCUCUGACUUCAGCUCUGAGAUCAAACUCAUACCUCAGAGAACUGGAACUGUCUGAGAAUAUAAUAGGAGAUAAAGGUUUGAAGCUGCUCUCUGAUGGACUGAAGGAUCCUCACUGUAAACUGGAGAAACUGAUGUUGAGAUAUUGUGAGAUCACAGAUGAAGGUUGUGUUGCUCUGACUUCAGCUCUGAGACCAGACUCACACCUCAGAGAACUAAAUCUGUUUGGGAAUAAAAUAGGAGAUAAAGGUGUGACGCUGCUCUCUGAUGGACUGAAGGAUCCUCACUGUAAACUGGAGAAACUGAUGUUGAGAUGUUGUGAGAUCACAGCUGAAGGUUGUGCUGCUCUGACUUCAGCUCUGAGAUCAAACUCACACCUCAGAGAACUGGAUCUGACUGGGAAUAAACUGCAAGACUCGGGAGUGUAUCUCCUCUCCAGUGGACUGAAAGAUCCUCAUUGUAGCCUGGAGAAAUUGAUGUUGAGUGAUUGUAAUCUUACAAGAGAAGGUUGUGCUGCUCUGGCUUCAGCUCUGAGAUCAGACUCACACCUCAGAGAACUGGAUCUGACUGAGAACAGAUUAAGACAUGCAAGUGUGAAGAGUCUCUCUGCUUUAAAAGAUAAUCCACAUUAUAAACUUGAGACACUAUUAUAUUAGAUGAUGGUGAAUAUGGAGCCACUAGAGACAUCAUCAACACUAAAGUCACAUGACCUACUGGGUUUACUGUAUAUACAGACUGAUCCUACGCUAUCUCACGACCAAUUCGUACGAAUUCGACGCAUGAUUAAAAAGUGUCUA